AUGAUCAUUGACAUUGGCCUCAACCUCGCCCACGGGCAAUUCCGCAAAGACCUCAAGGCGGUCCUGGACCGCGCCGUCAAGGCCCACGUCACGACGCUCGUGGCCACAGGCACAGACCUCAAGGCGAGCCGCGCCACGAUUGCGCUCAUUCGGCGCCUCCAGACGGAGCGCGUUGGUGCCCGCCUUGUCUGCACUGUGGGCGUGCACCCGCACAACGCAUCGUCCACGUCGCCGGACCUCGUCGCGUCGCUCCGAUCGACGAUUGAAGCCAACCGCGAUGUUGCCGUCGCCGUGGGCGAGUGCGGCCUCGACUUUAACCGCGACUUUUCGCCGCGUGACGUGCAGAUCGACGUGUUUCGAUCGCAGGUCGAGCUUGCGUGCGAGCUAAGUCUCCCGCUGUUCUGCCACGAGCGCGACGCCCACGACGACUUUGUACGCGUCUUGCUGCCCUUUCUCGAGACGGGGCGGCUCCGACCCGACCGCGUCGUCGUCCACUGCUUUACGGGCUCGGAGGCCGCGCUCAAGACGUACGUUGGCUUUGGCUUUUACAUUGGCCUCACGGGCUUCAUCGCGAUGGCCGGCCGAGGCGCGCACCUGCGACCGCUCCUGCGCUCUAUCCCGAGCAAGCAGCUCCUGGUCGAAACCGACGCGCCGUUCAUGCAUCCGUCGCAGAAGCGCGUGCGCUGCGAGCCAAGCGACAUCCACGCCGUUCUCGAGACGAUUGCGGAGGCCGUUGGCGUAACGCCGGAGGUUGUGGCGGCGACUACGACCGCCAACGCCGAGCGCUUCUUCCAGCUCGCGCCUGCUGCACCCGUCGCCGCACCCGACGCGGCCUCCGUGGCGAUUGACGGCUCGCUCUUUGAAGGCGGUGGGCAAAUCCUUCGGCUGGCCGCGCCGCUCGCAGUGCUAUGCAAUGUUCCGUUGACAGUGCACUCGAUACGGCACAACCGCCCCAAGCCCGGGCUCGCGCGGCAGCAUCUCGCCGGCCUCGAGCUCCUGCGCGCCAUCUCAAAUGCGUCGUUCGAGGGCCUCGCGCUGCUCUCGACGUCUGUGUCGCUGCGCCCGCGCGCUUCGCCGGUCCAGGCAACGUCGUUUACAAAGGACCUGCAAGGCGCGGGCAGCGUCUCGCUCGUGCUGCAAGGCGUCUUGCCACUGCUGCUGCUGUCGCGCGCAUCGACGCCGACAACGUUGACGCUCAUAGGCGGCACGCACGUUCCGUUUAGCCCGCCGAUGGACUUUUGGUCGUCCGGCCUGGACCGGCCCCUCGCUACGAUGGGCAUUUCGUACGAGGUUGCACUGAAGGCGUGUGGCUUCAUGCCGCUCGGGCGCGGCCACGUCAUAGUCUCGAUCGCGCCUGUCUCGACGAUCCAGCCGUUGCAGCUCACGACCAAGUCGCGAGCAAUCACCCGCGUGCAGAGUCACGUUGUGGUGUACGCAGCCGGUGCAUCGACGGCAAUCGUGGCGGCCUGUAACCACCAAUUGAACGACGCACUGACGGCGGCGUUGGGGUCGAUACCGGCACUUGAGAGCCGCGGGACGGUGCAGGCGUUCAAGGCCAAGGGCGGGCCGAAGAUCGCACUGCAUGUGACGAUCGAGACGACGCAUGGCAACGUCUUUACGGGCAGCUGCAUUGCGGCGACAUCCGUGGCGAGUGCCAUCGACGACGUCAUCGCGGAACUGCGUCGCGGGUGGGACUCGGACGCGUGCGUCGACGAGCACAUCGCCGACAACCUGCUCGUGUACAUGGCCCUCGCGACUGGCGCGUCGGCGCUGCGGGUGCCGAGCACGACGUCGAGCCAGCACAUUGAGGCCGCGCUGCACGUCAUCCAGGCCAUGACCGGGGUACCGUUCACGAUCACACCUGACGGCAACUCGCGCAUCGUGGCGUGCCCCGGGCGCCAGCCAUCGAUCGAUCCGAGACCCAUUCGGACCCGCACCUGA